ACACGACACCGAAAGCACAUUUCCCUUGCCUUGUGUUGCGUUUUAUAAGACGUUGGAAUGUUAGGGAAUCGAGUGAUGUUUCUCGAGUUGGAUGGAUAAAGUGAAUGACGAAGUAAUGAUGUUAGAAAGAAGAACACUUGGUGGUUAGAAAUGAAGAUAGAAGGGACUAUCAGUCAGCCAAAAAUAUGGGAGCAACAAGAGGCAGUUUUCCCCAUAGCUCCCAUAGCUUUGGUGUCGUCUUCGUAACAUCGUUAAUAUUGGCGACUUGCAGCGCCAACACCGGGACAUCAAAUGGCCUGACGUGGUGGGGCGUCGAGAGCUUCCUCAGGGAAAACGUUAAUGGACGACUGGGUGCGGAGCGGCUGCAGGAGUAUUUACACAAGGAAUUCCGUUGGGAGAACAGAGAGGUCGACGGGAGAGAGACACUGAACAAGAAAAGGGACGCUGCAACGAACCUUUUUCAGAGCACGAUCACCAAUUUGCAGAGACUCAGAGCGACCAUUGAGGCGAAUUACGAAGACUGGCCUACCGUCGCCCGUGAAAAUAUAUCUGACCACGUACUCUGUUGUGGAGAGCCACCUCCCACAGGUUGCACGAUCUUGUCCACGAGGCUGGACCGAAGGGCGUUAGUCCGCGCAGGGAACCCCCCGGACCCCGUGCUGAGACAUCUCGAGAGAAUGACCAUUUUCAACGUGACCAAUUAUUUCGUCUUCGAUGACGGGAGUUUGUUCGUGCGCUCUCCGAAACGAAAGGAACAUGUGGAUGUUUGUGAAAAUUAUGAUCCUAGGUCAAGGCACUUCUACAGGCAGGCUAGAUCUCCCGAGCCGCGAGAUGUGGUUGUGGUCACGGACGGCGAGAAAAGAGGGGGCCUGCUGCUUGAACACGCCAUCUCCAAAGUCUACAUGGAACUCACGUCCAUAGACCGAAUCAGCCUGUGCCUCCCCUACAAAGACUCCUGCCAAACCAGCAAGUGGUACCGGGAGUCGGAGCAAAUAGACGGGCCCCUCGGCCAGAAGGGCUUCCUCGGCCGCCUGCUCUUCAACAACAAAUACAACAGGGAGAAGCUGAUCAAACUUCUGGAGGAAACAAACUAUGUCCCCUUCAGUAACCACUCGGCGGCACUGAAAGCGGGGACAGACCUGCUGAGGAAUCGAUAUGGGUCUCGGUACUUUGAGAUAGCCGGACAUUCCCACAGCGUCCUGGUCUACGUGACGAAGAGCUGCUGGGAGAAGUGGAAGGAAAACAAACAAAUCAAUUCCUCGCUCGACCUCGGGAUUUCCAUUGUGAUUAUCCACCUCCACGAUGAUGGAGCAUGUGGCGUGGAGAAGGGAGUGGUAUUGAAGAGGAAUAACGCCACAGUCACGUUCUCUUCGUUUAAGGACUUGGAGGAGUUACGUGCGUCCGAAAUCGGGAUUGCUAGUUAUGGCCUGAUGGACGUGAAUCGACCUGUCAUUCCUGUACCUUACUGGGACGCGUUUGGGGACGGUUACAUCAUCACGGUCUGUGUCCAUCUCAUGCACAGAGCCUCGUUCGUGGGCGUCGCCUGCUCCGAUUUGAGCAUCGUCAACUUGCUCGAAGCGGAACUCAACGUUGAUGACGUCAAGGACGGUUACGUCUUCCUCGUGGACCGCUUCGGCAGGGCACUGAAGCACCCCCUGCUCCCCGAGGUCCACUCUCUGACCGAUGACCCGACCUCCGUGACGAUUGACAAGCUCGAAAUCGCUCCCGAGGUCAGGCACAUUCUCGUCAAGGCGGUCAGGCAAGAAUCGGGGAAUGAGCGCAUAUCAGGGUUGUACGUCGAGUCCCUGGGUUACCCGCGGGGCAUCGACAUUCCGAAGGCCGUCCGCGUGCGUCGACGGUCCCUUCACUACCUGUGGGCGCCCAUCUACGAUACAGGCCUCACCCUUGCCGUCGUUCUUCCCCUGAAUGAUAGUUCGCAGGUAGUCUCCUCGGUGUACAGCUGCAAGUCGCAGGAUCAAUGCACGACCAGCCAUUUCGAAUACAACGAACCUAGAGAUCAUUUUGAAAGAGAAUUCUGCAAUUUCUUUGGUAAAAAUGUUACCAAGAGUAAGGCACUGGUCAAAUUCGCCCCGGACUGUUUCAUAGACGUUUUAGCUUACGUCCGCGGGGAGAUCGAUCCAGCGUUGGUCUAUGCUAUCUUCAACAGGACUCAGCCCUAUGAUAGUGUGUUCAGGGAGGACCUGAUGCCGAGCGUGAAAUUCCUGGAGUUCGCCGAAGAGACAUGGAAGAGCAACCUGGCCGCCAAAGUGCACGAAGGGAUUCGCUACUUAGGCACAGAGGACGGCAGCUUCAUAACCUUCCAGGGGAUUGAACUCGAGCAGACGUUCGACCAUAGGGAUCGGUCAUGGUACCAGGCAGCCCUGCCGACCCCCUCCACAAUCUCCAUAACGACCCCCUACUGCGACGGCGGCAUGGGGAUGGUGUGCACGAUGUCCAAGACCCUUUACAACAAGCUGGGGCAUCCUCAGGCGGUGGUGGCUGGGGACUUCAAGCUACAGUACAUGGCGGCGCACUUCCUCGACCGCGUCCCUUACUGCAAGAGUCAGACCUGUCUUCUAGUGGACCCUAUGGGCUUCGUGGUUCUCAAGUCAGACUGGGAGGGACGGUUUUACAACGGGUGUCGCGGCGAGAGAGAGAUCGUAGGAUCCCACAUCAACUUCGUGGCGCCAGACAUUGCACGUGACCUGAUCGCCGAAAAAUACCUGAGGCGUAGGGCGUGCCACGAGUACGACAGGGACUCCACGUACUACUACUGGACGCUCGCCUUCCCCGCCUUCCGCACGUUUCACGAGGGACCCAGCUACGGCAUCCACAAGAUUGCGGAUGCGAAUCUCUUCCUCGCUUAUCGCACCCAGGGAUCGAACAUCAUUCCUUGCAACUGCAACCCUUAUCCGCAAGGAGAGCUCAUCAAAUGCCACGACACUUGCGAGCUGGAGUGUGAGUGCCCGUGUCUCGCCGGACCCGAUACUAUCCCGUGCCAUAACCCUAAUGCUGAUGUACAUAGGCAUCAUCUCCCAGCCUGUAAGCCCCGCGGCCCAACGUUGAAGACCAAACAGAACUACAAUAAUCAGACUCCGAGUGCCCAGUCUGGAAUUCGAGACUGCAGUGAGGUCACCUAAUGUUCCUGGUCAGAAGGAGAAUCAAAAAUGCAGAUGAUGUCCGCGAUACAGAAUACGUUUUCUUAAAUAUAACUUUAAAUACAUAAACUCAACGACACAAUUACACACUGGUCACAUUACCAAUGUAAACUGUAAAAUCGACUACAGGUCUUUUGCAUAUGGACAUUGGCAACACGUAUAUACCAAGAACAAAGAUACGAAUAUAUUGUGAAGUUUCCGAACCCUUCCCCCAUCCUGUAACGUAACCUCUUGCCUUCUUCUUCCCCUUAUGCUCCUCAUCACCCUUGCUUCCCUUAGUCUCUCCUAAGCUUCCCUUUUACUUUAGUCUCACCUUAUACCUUUUCCCCAUCCUUUUCCACUCCCCUCUCUCUCUUCUUCUUCUUCUUCUUCUUCUCCUCCUCCUCCUCCACCUCCUCCUCCUCCUCCUCCUCCUCCUCCUCCUCCUCCUCCUCCUCCUCCUCCUCCUCCUCCUCCUCCUCCUCACGUACCAUCCUCCCGAAACCUGUACCCUAUUUACUCUACCUGCUAUAUUCCGUCUCUUCUAACUACCUUCUUUCUCUCACUUCUUCCUCGUUCAUUUCUUUCGUUCCCUUUCCUCUUUCAUUUUCCUCUUUCCCUUCCUAAUCUUACGUUCAUUCUUUACUUUCUACCAUGCUAAUCUCCUUACUUUCUACCAUGCUAAUCUCCUCGUUUUCUCGUGUCCUCCUCUUCCCCGUUCCUUCGUUAUGCUAUCUUAUCCUUUCCUCUCGUUUUCUUUCUCUCAUUCACUUCUUUGGUUCAUUUUUACCCGUUCUACCUGUUUACCCAAACUUUUUACUGUUAUUUAUUGUUAAUUAAAACUGCUGUCUCAUAAAAUAUUCUUAAAUAAGUGUAUCUUUGUUUGGUUUAGAUAACUGUUGCCACAAUGACGUGGAUCAGCCUAGAUAAAUACUGGUAGAGAAUAAACCCAUGCUGGAGUUGCCUCUGAA